AUGGAACAUAAAAUUAGUAAUUUAGUGCACACUGGAAUAUAGCUGGUGAAACAUAAAAAAGUGCACUAGUGACUAGUGCAGUCAGGUGGAAAACGCUAUUAGUUAAUGGUGCACGUCUUGUGAUAGUGGCGUGAUACGGUACUGCACUACUGCGCCACUACGGUGUUAGGCGAGGGUGUUAGGGCACUUAAAAAGUUAAAAGUAAAGACUAAAAUUAUAAUUCAAAUAUACUUUAAUUUUUUAAGUCACAGAAUAAAUGAACGACAGAUUUAAAUUAUUCUGGACAAAUCAUAGUGAAGUACAGUACCUAAUAUUGUAGUAUCCAUCUCUUCUAAACUAUUUAUCUAAGUAUUUUUAGUAUGUGUAUGGAACUUGCAUUAGAAUUCACAAUUGUUUUAAAAAUAUGUUCUAAGAGUGAAUUAUGACGUUUGAGAAAUGUGAAUCCACAUCACUGCUACUGCUGGUGAAAUGAAUUCAUCUUCAGUUGACGAUGAUUUGGAUUUAAGCAUUUUUGACCCAUACACACAGGCCGCGUUAAUUAGAGGAGGUUUUUUAUCAUCCAUAAAUAUAUUAAAGUAUACUGAGGCAGAAUUUAGAAAAAAAGCAAAUUUGACAGUUGUAGCCACUCACCGUGUGUUCAUUGCAGCAGCUAAUAUAAGUGCUUCAAAUGUCAAAUGCCAUCAAGAAUCAAACAACCAAGUACUUACUACAGGCUGUAAACACAUUGAUAAACUUUUGGGGGGAGGCUUAUUCAAAUAUGGCAUAACAGAGAUCUCAGGCGAAAGUGGCUGUGGGAAAACACAAUUUUGUUUGCAGAUUGCACUCACUGUCCAACUACCAUUACCACUUAAAGGAGCAAAAUCUGGAGCUGCAUACAUUUGUACUGAAGAUCGAUUUCCCUCUAGUCGAAUACAGCAGAUGAUUUCUAAUGUUCGUUUUAAGUAUCAAUGUGACAAUACAGUUUAUAUGAAUGAAUUAUGUCAAACAGAUUAUGGAGACAAUAUUCUCAUUAGUCACAUAGCAACUGUGGAAGAUUUAAAAAAAUGCAUCCAUGAAAUGCUUCCAAAAGCACUGUUACACAGACCUAUAAAACUUAUUAUCAUUGAUAGUAUAACAGCAGUAUUUCGUGGUGAAUACACACCAAGUGAUAUACCUCGUAGAUCCAGAGAUCUCAGAGAUAUAGCCGUUUUCCUACAUAAGCUAUCUGUUGAACAUGGACUAUGGAUCUUAUGUGUUAAUCAGGUGACAUCAUCAAUAUCAGAUAUUGAGGGAUAUAAAUUAGUUCCAUCUUUAGGACUUUCAUGGGCUAAUUUGGUGACUACUAGGCUUAUGAUGUCCAAGACACAUUCUUCUAGAUACAUUGAAGUAAUGUUCAGCCCACAUACAGCUCCAACAAGUGUUCCUUUUAGAGUUACUGAACAAGGGAUUGAAUGACUAAACUAAAAUAUAUUGCUUUUUCAACAAAA